AUGUCUAACUGUAUGGUUUAUCACGCUCAAAUAGCCUCCAUCAUGGAGGUGCUAGCGAAUGCAGCCGUGGCAGAGAUAUGUAAAGUCGUAGACGAUGAUUAUGCAGUGUUUCGUUUGGAAAUAACUCAAAGCCAGAAAGAAAACAGAGGAUUGCGGAGGAAACUACUGGAAAUGAAGGUCGCACGGGAGCGCGCAGAGAGGACGACGCGAGAGCGCGUCCUUGCCAGUCGUCCCAAUAGUGUCAAGAUCUUCGACCGGUACAGGGGAUUGGCAAGAGGUGAAGGACAUCUCACUGGAGGCCACAGGAGCUUUGUGAAGCCAGCGGAACACAAUACAUGGAGAGAUGACCAACCAAUCACUGUUGAUGAGGGGAGUAGAACCUCAACCCAGCACGUUGUCAUGAUAAAGUCUGCAGAGGCUGCAGGUCCUGUGGUCAAGCAGGAGAGGUCUGAAGGAGAGGAAAUCCAACCGCACAGCAGAGACAUCCAGACUGGAGCGUCUGGAGCACCCCCUGUAGCCACGGAGGACCCCACUACCACCCCAGCACAGCCAAGGGCCCGACGCAGCAUCACAGAGGAGGAGGAGAGUCCAGAGGUGCUGCUGGUGAAUGAGGAGGGGUGUGAGGAGGGUCUGGGGAACCCUGAGGGGACCAUGGUCAUGGAGGACAACCAGACUACACCUCCUCCUGAACCCACAGAGGAACCAGCUGAGCAGCACAUGACCAAACACAGUCUCACUGAGUCAGUAGACAUGGAGGAUGGGAAGCCUGAUCUGCUGCUGGUCAAAGAGGAGACAAUAGAAGACGGACCAGAGAGCAUUGACCUGCUGAGUGGACUAAAGAUGGGGGAGCAAGGUGAUUGGCUGGAGGAUAACAGAGAAGACUGGGUGGCCGUCUUAGAUUCCCAGACCCAGACUGGCGCGGCCAAGGGCCCGCAGGGCGAUAUCACUAAGCAGGCCAGGACCAGAGGCGACAUAGUAGAGUCUGCAGUCCAUGAAGACUUGCUGAUAUCCGGUGUUACUGGCGGGAGAGACUGGACCUCUGAAGCGGCUGGUCACAAACCCUGGCACCAGAUUAUGGAUCAGGAGCCGUCGCUCUUCCUUCCAGAGUCAGAACCAGAACCCAACCGUAAGGGACAGACACUCCACCACCAUUACACAGAACACAACCAGUGGACAGGUGGACUAAACAACCUCAGUCCUGGUGGUCAUCAGAGAGACAGAGGCUCCAGUCAUGGAUCCAGUCUGCAGCCCAGAUCCUUCUCUUCACAGUCUCAGUGCAGUGAUGAAGCAGGGCCUGGGGCUGAUAGAGAUAGACCCUCCUGUUCCUAUGAUACAAACACCACAGUAUCCAUGAUUAACAGAGCAGGUCACCCUGGGCUUCAGCCUUCACAGAGAGCUGUGCGAGACCCCCCUGGUGGGAGUCUAACAGGAAGUCUGUCUUCUCCUUCAGGGUCACAUCUAAUGCCCGGUGACUGGGUCCAUAGAAGGCCUGGACCUGGGUCUAGCCUUCCGCAGUUACCUCAUGAUUACCCCACCAAUACAGACAAGGUCAGGAUGGGCGUUCACCUAGCCUAUAACACAGCACACAAUCCCAACAACACCCAAACAAUGGCUAGAGGUCAAGGAGGGAGCUCAAAGACUAACCACUUGAGGGUGGUGACUCCCGUUUCUACCUCUGGUGUCAUUGGGUCACAACGUGGGAGGCCAAGCAUUAAGACGGACACCGACAAGCCGUACGUCUGCCCCACGUGUGGAAAGCGCUUUACUGAGGCUAACUAUGUGAAGCAGCACCAGACCGUUCACACCCUUCAAGUGCAGACUAAACUACAAGAGCUUAUCAGACAUAGGAGUGUCCACAACGGGGAGAAAUCGUAGCAGUGUGUCUUCAGAUGUACGCAGGGGAUGUCAGGGAAUCAUUCUUUAGCUGACAUAUUAUAGUUAUCAUGUGAAGUGUCUUGGUAAGAGUGUAAUUAACAACAUACCCCCUCAUUAACACUUUGUUAACUUGUUUUUAAGAGACAGUACAUCUAGGCUAGAACAAGGACAGUUGAAUAUUUACCUUACUGAGGUGAUGUAGAUGGAAUAAAGUAAUUAUAUUAUUUUCUACUCUAUUCUUGCUAACACACUGUUCUUUCUAAACAAGUCUGCGCUCAGCUUGAAAGAUACUGAUCAUAAGAGAUUUGAUGUGUAAUGUAAUAAGCAGUACUGUAUUUCAAAGAACAGCGUAAAUAACUUUUUAAUUUAACCACACCCUUUGAACUAUUCGCCAACCAAUAAGGACCACAGCCUUAACUUGUGGAUUAUGGAGAGUCUAUGCUAAUGGGGCCACGUUAGACACUCUACUCACUUGCACAGGUUCACCACAAGGGUGCCACCCCUCCUUUUUAUUUUCUACACCAAUGACUGAGUGCCCACACCAACCGCCAUUUUAUGAAGUUUGCCGAUGACUCAGUCCUCCAGUCACUCCUCUCAAGAGCCUGACCAUGGCCCAGCCAUCCAGGACUUCAUUGACUGGUGUGGCAGUACGCUGCUGGAGUUGAAUGUCUUUAAGACAAAAUACAAUUAUUGUCGACUUCAGGAGGAAGCCCGCCAGUAUGAUGAUCAUUGAUGGAGAGGAGGUGGACAAUGUGGACCAGUAUAAAUAUCUUGGUACCAUCUUUGAUAACACCCGGAAGUUUGAGCAAAACACAGACGACCAUCAUCAAAAUAGCAGACACAAUACUUCCUCAGGAAACUGAACUCAUUAAGUGUCCACAAAUCAAUAUUGCAAUCAUUUUUACAGUUCUUUCAACGAGAGCAUUCUGUGUUGUCCUUCGUAUGCUGUUUUACAUCCCUCUCUGUCAAGAACAGAUACUGGCUUCAAGCCAUUGUGAACACCUGCUCAAAGAUCACCGGGGUGCCUUUCAGAAGUCUGGAGGAAAGCCUAUGACAUUGUGGAGGAGAGCACCGUGUCCUCAACCCGCAGCUCCAUCUGCUCCCCUUUGGGACGUCGCCUGUGCUUUCUCAAGUGUUCCACCAAUAGGCGCAGGGUGUUGUUUGUGCCCGAGGCCAAUCGCCUGGUUAACAGGACAAUUAAUGAAGACCUAGGGACUAUUCUGGAGAUAAUUAAUGGCAGGGCUAAACUAAGAACGGUGGCUACCAUGGACUUAAAAUGGCACCAUGCACUUUUAACUGAUGCCUUAGUUUUUCUUUUGGCUCUUACUUUAAAAGAAAUAUACUGUGUGUGUGUUUGUCCUGUCUGAAGCACCGUCAGCCCUGAACGAAUUGCCUCUCGGGGAUGAAUAAAGAUGUAUUCUAAGUUUUGAGAA